GAUAUUUAGGGCAAUAUGCUUCUGGGAUCAACGCAACCUCACCUACUGUUUUUUGUCAAUUAUAUUGUUAGAAAAUUAGAAGAGAAGACAGAGGAAAUGGCAGCAGCAAUAAGAGGGAGAGCGGUGAGGACAGCACUGCCGAAACUGAUAGAAAGUCUAAGAAAGGGGACAAACUCCUCCAAGGGCAGACCGGAGGGGUUGCCAUCUCUAAGACGCGCUUUCUCUCUAUACGAUCAGAUCAAUCUCAUCGACAACGUCCCCCAGGACCAGCUUCGCUUUCAACGGUAUACUGACACCGGAUUCACUGUGAAUGGGGUUGAUUACGAAGGUAGCUUGCUUUGUGCGGGAAACCUUCUCUUAUCUUGGUCUCCGGCUCAUUUCUCUCAGAUUACUCCUUCCAGUUUAUCUAUUUUCCAGAUUCUGCGGCCAAUACCAGAGAUUUUGAUUCUUGGUACCGGAAAGCAGAUUCAACAGGUAGAUCCAGCAGUUAAGCAGUUCAUUCGGUCCACUGGCAUGAAGUUAGAAGUCAUUGACUCGAGGAAUGCAACAUCGACAUACAACAUACUGAAUGAAGAAGGGAGGAUCGUGGCAGCUGCACUUCUCCCAUAUGGAACUACCUCGUGAGUCGUGAUGAUGCCAAAAUUGUCGUUAGGCACGAGCAUAUUUUUGAGUUGCAGCUUCGUCCUGCUGUAGACGUGGUUGAAUUUAGUUCGAAAUGAAUGGAACUUUAUUACUUCCGGUCAUAUAGCACCUGACAAUGUAUAAGAUUGGCCAAAUUUGAUGCUGUGUAGCAGAGCCGGUGGUUGUUGGAUCCUUAGAUGUUUAUGUUGAGCUUAUUAUUAGUGAAGCAUGCAUAUAAUAAAUAAAUAUGUCGGGGUAAUCUUGUUUGUUAAAUUGUUUUAUUUAGUUUGCCUUGGGAAGUCUCUACCGAAUUUGGGGGUGUGAUUCUUUUGAAUUGGGGCGGGAGAUGUGUACUUUUUCCUGCUGUUGAUGCGAAUUAUUUUUCGCUUGCUGUUUUUUUA